GCUGGUGCGGCAAGAGUCACAGUUGUCGUGGUUGAAGCACGACUUGUGUUGGAACUUUGUGUCUGGUGCCGGAUUAUCGUUACUUGGUAGAAACGCACCUAGCCGGGCCCAGUAGCUUGGAUUGAACUUGAAUUACUUGGAGUCCGGAAAGUGAAUUUGCUCCGAGGAUCUGCUCAACAGAGCAAGAUGACGCCGACGUCUCCGUGGGCCGUGCUCUACCUCCUGAUCGCGGCGGCAUCGAUCACAGAUGCAGCGAGUAAAGACACGAGGCAGGAAGUGACGACGGGAAGUCCUCGCGAGGUGCGUUACAUUAUGGCGGUCAAAGACGCGAACGACACCUCUGUCUACGAAACUCAAUCGGGCUCGAAAAUCAUAAUCGGACGGGCGGCCCGAGCCCGCGCUGAUCUCAUCAAAAAGUUCCGAGAGCAGAACGAGAACUCGACUUCGCUCGAGACGCGGCAUCGCCAGGGCCGCAUCGUGAACAACAACGUCGCGCUAUCGCCGGAAUCACGGAUCGUGAACGAUCCCGAAGCUUACGCACACAUCCCCGCGUUCGGGGGAAUACCCCACGGAGGCUUCCAGCCGAUUGAGAGCGUUCGCAAAGAUGACGGAUACCUCGGUCAGCCAGUGGCCGCAUCUCAACAUGUCGCGAAAAAAACUUUCGAUUUCAAUGCGAUCGAGGGAGGAUUCCGACCGUCUCAGGAGAAACCAAUUUACGACGAGAGGAUCCUCAACAGACCUUUCGCCGCCCCUCCCACUUUACCCGCAAUCCCACCGCCUGUGAGCGAGGAAUGCGUUUGCGUUCCUCACUAUCAAUGCGGGAGGAAUGGCUACCUGGUCAGCAGUUUCGGAUCCAGUUCCGGAUACGAUAACAUCCAAUCCAACGCGGGAUCCUACCCCCCCGAUCUGUCCUCUAUCGCGUCCCCUCCCCCAAGGAGAGCCGAUCAUCAUCAGCAUCAUGAGCAGUCGUUCCUCGAUAUCGAUGAAAGGUCCAACGACGAUGAGCUUGAACGGACAAUCGAUGGGAGGACGCCGAGAAAUAAGAAGGAAGAUUCAGAUGGACAAAAUGAAGACCAGAAAGAUUCGGACGCCAAGGCCAGAACCCGUCGGGAAGUGCCAAAGCUCAACGAGAAAUUCAUCGGGGAAAUCAAAGACGACUCCGAGGAAAACAACAGCACGGCAUUUGCUUCGGAGAGCCGUCGCGAAGAAGCGCCAGCCUACGCAACUGAAAUCAUGCAGAGAAUGCUCGGUGUUAACUUCGGCAAUUGCGGAGUUCUGAAAACUUGCUGCAAAGUUCCCCCAUCCUUCGACCGCAACUCCCUGCCAGCGGGCUCAUUCCCGGUGAAGGCUGCCGCUUUCGCGCCAGACCGUAAAGCUCUCAACUCGUUCACGGAUUUCGAUAAUAAGCCCGGCUACGGUAAACAGGACUUCCCUCAGGCCUUCAUCCCGACCGGGACCGACUUCGCAUAUCCCACCAUCGGAUCUCUGACCCCCCAACACGCAUAUCCGACAUGCGGAGCUCGAAACUCUUACGGAGUGCGUGGACGUGUCGCCAAUCUCAACUACCCGGAAUCCGGAACCGAUUUCGCCGAGUUCCCGUGGCACGUCGGCAUCAUGAAACGCCUCCGACCCCAAGAGUCUCUCUACGUUUGCGGUGGAGUUCUGAUCGCCAGUCAAUGGAUCGCGACCGCCGCCCACUGUCUCAAGAACCUCAGACCGCAGGAAUUGAAAGUCCGUCUCGGUGAAUGGGACGUCCAUAGAGAGGACGAAUUCCACGCCCAUAUCGAGAAACUGGUCACAGACGUCGUCAUUCAUCCGGAGUUCUUCCCCGGAAACCUGAACAACGACAUCGCUCUGCUCCGACUCGAGGGCCCCGUUGAUCUGAACGCUCCUCACAUCGCUGCCGCUUGUUUGCCAGAAGGUCCUGAGAACUUCAUCGGUCAGCGCUGCUGGGUCACCGGUUGGGGUAAGGACGCUUUCGGAACCCAGGGAGCUUACCAACACGUGCUGAGGAAAGUCGACGUUCCCCUGCUAGACCCCCUGGAUUGUCAAGACAGACUGCGAAGGACACGUCUCGGACCCCAAUUCAAAUUGCAUACCAGCUUCGUUUGCGCCGGUGGAGAGCCUGGAAAAGAUGCAUGCACUGGCGACGGAGGAAGUCCGAUGGUGUGCGAACAGAACGGAGUCUGGAAAGUUGUCGGCUUGGUUUCGUGGGGAAUCGGAUGCGGAACUCCCGGGGUUCCCGGAGUCUACGUCAAUAUGGCCAAGUUCAGACCGUGGGUCGAGACUGUUCUGGCCAAUGCUGGAAUCGCCUCCAAGUGAAAGUUGUAAAUGCUUGUAUAGAUAAUGUGGCCGCCGGACUGGCGUCGUAUGAACAAAGAAGCUCCUCAGUGUACAUAGAAAUGAUGUAUAAGUAGUUUAGUCACGCCAUAGAGGGCCGCCGGCCCCUUGGAAGCCGAGCGCGAGACGUAUGUUCGAUGCUGAAUCGACCGCGAGGAAGUAAGAACUCAGAAGCGAGGCUGAAGGAAUACAGUUGGCGAAUACCCGCAAAGAUCCCCGUAGAACAGUCGCUGGAAACUAUUUAUUGCCCAAAAAGUUGUUGAGAGGUUGCUAAUUUAUAGUUCCACUCGAAGUCUAUGAGAGAUGUUGACUGCAACAAUAAAGCU